AUGGUAAAGUCCCCCCUGAUGUGCAGGACCAGGAGAGAUCUGCUUGUCUCACACUGGUCACCAUGGCCUCUCUUCUCCAUACCCCACCUGGCUCACAGCCUGGCACAGCUGGCAAUGACCGUGGCCACUGUGGACUGCAAGGUGGUGCACCUGGACAUGGCCCACAACUCCUUUGAUGACCAGUACAUCAACUGUGGCCCAGCCAUGACUGCGACCUUGCCAGCCCUCAAGCGCUCCGACUUCCAGAAGAACCCUCUUUUUGCCCAGACCUGGGCAAAGGCCACGGCCGAGUGGCAGAAACAAGGCUCCGAUUCAUUCUCUCUGACCAAAGACCAGGCCAUCGCCCUCAUGGUCUACACAAUGAAUGAUAUGUUUAAGAAGUUCAACAAGGCCGUGCGUGAGGCUGGACGCUCCUGCCAGGAAUACCAGUACAACUUCCACUUCAAAACGCUGCAUUUCCUGCUGACCCAGGCCCUCCAGAAGCUCAGAUGCCCUAAUAAGUGUCUGGAUGUAUCCCGGGGAGUGAGGAAUACCCAGUUCAAUGUGAAAUUUGGUGAUAAUGUCCGCCUCAAUCAAUUCACUUCAUCGUCAAUGAAUAAAUCGGUGGCCGAAUAUUAUGGGACAGACACGAUGUUUGAGGUGCACACAUGUCGCGGAGCACACAUCGAGAAGUUCUCCUUCAAUCAAAGUGAGAAGGAAUUGCUGAUCCCACCCUUUGAGAACUUUCAGGUUGCAAAAGUCACCAGGGAAGGGAAGAAGCUGCAGAUUGAGCAUCGCUCAACUGGGAACUCCAGUAACCACAACUGCGAGUGGCUGCGAGGUGACAUCUUGGGAACAACCUGGGGAGAUGGGGGCACUCAGUGGGAGCCUCAUCAGGAACUCCCCCCAUCUUGGGGGGCUUCUCCUGGCCACCGUGGCCAUGGCAGUGGCCAUUGGAACCCUCUAAGCCUCGAGGCCACCAAGGUCGCGGUGGUUGUGGAGGCCACUGUGGAAGGCCACCAGGAUGAAGGCCACCAGGACAAAGGCCACCAGGACCCACAGAGAAAUGGGGCCACCAAGGCUAGCGAGGCCAUUAUGACCACUGUGGCCCUUUUGUCCACAGUGACCACUGUGGUCGUUAUUGUCACUAUGGCCUCUGUGGCCACUUUGGCGUCUAUGACCACUCGGGCCACUCUGGGCAUUGGAACCACCAUCGUCAGCAUGGCCAUUGUGCUCACAGUGACCCAAAAUGUCACCAUGCACACUGUGACUACUGUGUUCGCUGCAACUACUGAGACCACCAGUGACACCACGGCUAGCAAGGCGACCAAGGUCACCGUGGCCACCACAGCCACUGUGGCCACCAUGGUCACUCUACCAAGCGGCCUUGGUGAUUAUACAGACCAUGGUGUCCAGAUUGCCUGUGAUGGCUGCAGCGACCUCAUGGCGGCAAUAGCUGCCAAGGUGGCCAGAGUGGCAGUGGUGGCCAUGGUAGCCUUCGUGGUCUCAUUUCUCUGA